AAACUUGUUUGCAAACAAUCCACUUUUGUCACUUUUACCCUAUUAUUUAAACCGUUUUUUUAACACCGUAGAAGAUGACGGGCAUGGACGACUCCAUGUACUGCUCAGAGCAAAUAUGCAUCCCUCCAACCUACCCCUAUUUGCUCAGACAAUACGCCAAGGCGGCGAUCCGAAGCCAACCCAACGACCUCCUCAUUUGGUCGACAGCAUAUUUCCGUUGCUUGAGCCUGAACAUCCCACCACCGGUUAAACCGCGGCUGGAGUAUCCGAUUCCGAGGACCUAUCUGGGCAUAACUCCCGGCUGGUUGCGGGCCCUUCUGUCGCAGCUGCCCAACACCUCGACGAUUAAUUUCAAAGUUCUGUGGGACAGAUGGAUCGGUGCUUGCUUAGAGCACCACACUCUGAUCCAAAUCCUGGUGCUUGGCGGCUUCGACGACCCCGAACGGAUUCCGUGGCUGAAGUUUUUGGGGCUGUGCGCCGCCCAUUUAACCGAAGAUUUGACGCACAGCAUGAUUUUGAUUUGCGAGAUCUUCACGGAGGAACCGGAAGGUGGUUCGGCCAUGAUUCCGGUGGACGUGUUCGUGGAGGUGUACAAAUUCUUGGCGCUGAUCGAUGCCUCCAAGGAGCAGGUGUUGAGGAAUUAUUAUUUCCUGGACAGUUUGCUGGCGUUGUGGCGGGAGAAGAAGGAGAAAUUCAAAAAGGCGGUCGAAGCGCCGCCGGAGGAAGAGGAAAGCUCCACCACCACGGAAGUGGCGGAAGAGGUGAUCGAACUGGAGGCGGAGAAGAAGUCUGUGGACGAGGUUAUUUCGUGUCCCAGCAUGGACCAGGACAUCGCGGCUGAUUUUAUGGAGUUCAUGGCGGAGGAAGGGGAGGAGUCGUCGGAAAUAAGUGAUAGAGAUGGUGGGGACGUCGCAGAAAGAUCGGAGUCGACUCCUGUGGAGGAGGAAGACGAUGGCAAGAAGGAAGAGGAGAUGGUGGCAGCAGAGGAGGAAGAGCAGGAUGACGUUGAGGAACAAGUGCAGGAAGCCCAGGAGAAGCAACUGGAAGGGAUGGAAGAGAUGCACGACGAAGAGGCGAGCGAUGAGGAUCAAACUAAAGGUUACGAAUCCUUGGACACUUUAGAGGACAAGCCCGACUUCACCGAAAGAGAUUUGAAGGAAGAUCUGGCGCGGUUGAAGAAAAUACAAAUGGAACUGGCAGGCGAAACGGACGACGAACUGGAGAAGUACAAGUGUCAGUUGAUAGAAGAUAUGCCGAUGACCGACGAUCAGCUUAUAGCCGUGGAACACUUCCAACCUCCAGAAACAGACAGUGAAACUAAAAGCUUAUCCGUUCACAAAGACCAGGGGGAGCAAGAGUUGCCUCCUGAAGACGAUGAAAGAGAAUACGAAGAUGUUUUGGUACCAGCCAUUCCUGGAAUCGGAGGAAUCGUCCCCAUGACUUUGAUACAAGCCGUCGAAAAGUACAUGAGGGAAACCGCUUGUAGGCACCAAGGGAUGGUAAUGCCUAGGGACAUCAGACAUUAUGACUGUCCACCCUUGUUUUCACCAGAAGAAGUACACGAGUAACUUUUAUUGCACUCUCAUACCACUGUUUUAUCUAUUAUCAAUAUAUGUUUGAUGCAGUAAUGCCUUUUUUGUGUAAUAAAUAUAAAAAGUCAACAUUU